AUGCAGUGCUCUGGAACGACCCCAUGCACCAGAUGUGCGGCCGAAGCACGCCAGUGCAUAUAUGAUCCGAAAAGCGAUCGCAGACGAAAGGCCCAUGUUGCUGAGCUAUUGAGCUUCCACGUCACUCUCUGCCAAGUGAUUGCCAAGCUUCGCUCUGGCACCGUCGAGGAGAUAUUGCCCUUUAUUUUGGAGAUUCAAAACUUGCCUACAGACCAAGACGCCAUCGCCUACCUUGUUCAGACGUUGAACGAACAUUGA